AUGAAACGAAUUGGUCCAGGGCAGGAUGGCCUUGCAACACUGCGUUCGGGUAUGUCGAGGCAAUCCUGUAAGUUCUCGCCGAUGCUCUGUGGCUGCGGCCCGAGGAGUGAUUGCCAAAAUGCGAGUUGGACUUCGGAAGCUGCCGGAUACAAGACAGGCAGCUUCAGCUUACUUCAUUUCAGGCUUCAUCUCGUUUUCAAGUGCACCACUACCAGCAAGCGCAUCUUCGAAGCAGCACUAACAACAGCAACAACAAUGAAAACGUUGCCGCGAGGUCUGUUUCGAGCCUUUCUUGAGCUGAAGUUGGCUCAACAGCAACGUCGGACUGAUGCGGCCAACAGUGCACCAGCCGAUCACUCUGAGACACAGCGAGACUUUCAGCAGAAACGAUCGAGGCAGCCGGUGAGAUAUGCCCCCGAUGUCUUCAGAGUCUUCGAUAUUUUGAAUGACAGAUUUAGAUAG